AUGUCCAAAUCGCAACAUGCCCCAGCCAGGGAGAAGAUCCCCACCUUGGAAAGUCUUGGAGUAGAGCUUCACCCAGAAACCGUGACUUACGUCAAUGAUCCCCAUGCCCUUGCCAAGGCCUUGGGAGGUAGUGACUUCUUUGAGCUCUUCAAAAACCCCCUCGUCCUCGCCGCCGCCGUCUCAGCCUGUCUUGGUGGCCUCCUGUUCGGGUUCGAUCAGGGUAUCGUUUCAAUUGUUCUGACGAUGAAGCAAUUCUUGUCUCAAUUUCCCGAAACGGACAAGACUGUUACUUCUGCGGCGGGAUUGAAUAAAGGUGUCAUGACAGCCCUUCUUGAGCUAGGGGCCUUUCUUGGUGCCAUUCAAGCAGGGUUCCUUGCGGAUAAGUAUUCUAGAAAAUAUGCCAUCGCCUUCGGCAUGAUCUGGUUCGUCAUUGGAAGUAUCCUGCAAGCUUCUGCCUACCAUUUUGCUCAACUUGUUGUCGGUCGGUUCAUCGGCGGUGUCGGUAUCGGCAUUCUGUCAUCAUGUGCGCCGAUGUAUAUUUCUGAAAUUUCGCCACCCAAUAUCCGUGGUGCUCUACUGGUUCUGGAGGCUUGGACAAUAGUAUUCGGCAUUGUGGUCAUGUUCUACAUUACUUACGCGACACGACACAUAGACAGUGACUGGAGUUUCCGAAUUCCCUUCACUGUUCAAAUGGCCCCGUGUGUCCUGCUCGCGGCCGCAUUGUGGAAGCUGCCUUAUUCGCCACGAUGGCUGGCUUUUAAAGGCCGUGACGAGGAGUCUUUACAAUCACUCAUGACUUUGAGAAGAUUACCCGCCUCUGAUCCCCGGGUGCAGGCGGAGUGGAUUGCUAUUCGAGCCGAAGCCGUAAGAAACAGGGAAGUCGCAGUUAGCGCCCAUCCUCAGUACCAAGGGGAUAGCUUCAGCAGUCAGCUCAAGCUGGAAGCUGCCACUUGGGCCGACAUGUUCAGACCCAAGUUUUUCAGAAAGACCCAAAUCGGUAUCAUGCUCAUGUUCUUGCAACAAUUUGUUGGUGUCAAUGCUCUCAUCUACUACUCACCAACCCUUUUCGAAACUCUUGGUCUGGACUCUGAGAUGCAAAUCACUCUUAGUGGUAUCCUCAACAUCGUUCAACUCGGUGCAGUUACUAUCGCAUUCUUCAUCACGGAUAGAGUUGGACGAAAGCCCAUUCUUCUCUGGGGUGCUGUUGGUAUGACCAUUUCUCAUGUCGUUGUCGCCGCUAUGAUCGGUAAAUACCAGCACAAUUGGCCUGCCUACCCCAGUCAAGCUAAAGUGGGGGCCGCCUUCAUCUUCAUAUUCAUGCUCACCUACGGAAUGGGUUGGGCACCCGUCCCUUGGUCUAUGCCUGCGGAGAUUCAUGAUUCUGCUCACCGGGCUAAAGGUGUUGCUAUCACCACUUGUUCAAACUGGUUCAACAACUUCAUCAUCGGUCUGAUCACCCCACCAAUGAUUCAAAACAUCAGCUACGGCACUUUCAUCUUCUUUGGGGCCUUCGCUGUCAUGUCGAUUGUUUACACUAUCUUCUUCGUUCCCGAGACAAGAGGUAAAACAUUAGAGCAAAUGGACGAAAUCUUUGGAACUCAUGCAUCUCAAGAUAACGCCAUCGCUACGGAGGAGAUUCUUACCAUCAUGUGCGGCCUCUCUCAAAGCGCCAGUCAGCCCGACUCCAACAAGAGGGAGAAAGAUCUUCAGACAGAGUAUAUCGAAAGAGUUUAG